AACCAAUCAGGAGUGCCAAGAAAUGAUUCAUCUUGGAAUUUUCCAUUUCUGGUUAGCUCAGAUCGCCAAUCUGAAGCCAACCGACCAAUUAUAUUUCUCCUUCAGAAUCUCUCAACCGCAGCUCGAGAGUCAUACAUAAUGAGACUAUCCUCGAAAAAGAAGUCGACUCAUCUCGAUUCACCAACUCCAGCAUUAUAACAACUGCAUCAAGCCCGCCAUUCUCUUCAACUUGUUCAUCAUUCACCUCAAUUUUCUCAUGAGCCUAACAUCCACUCUCACAACUUCAACAUCUACAAUAUCUACAACAAUGAGGAAAUUCACAAUCCCCAAGUGCGCUACAGGUCUGCGCGAAAUCGACCCUUCGCUCCUUGAUCUCCGCUCAGACUCGGAAAUCAUCGCUCAACUCCAAACAUACCAACCCAUCACCUCUGAGAAAAAUGUCUUUGCAGUCUGGGAUAAAGGCUUCGACGCAAUGUAUCCCAGCCAUCAGCAGACAAUCCUCAACUGGGUCCGUCGCCUCGGUCCUUCAUGGACUGUUCGUCUAGUAGACUUCGUCGAGGACUCACCAAAUAAUAUCUACAACUAUGUCGACAGAGAGUGGUUUCCCGAAUCUUUCAUCAACAAGACAAUGGAUGGAGAGCACGCCCCUCAACAUGCUGCUGAUCUUGCUCGUCUGCCUCUUAUUUACGAGCAUGGCGGCGUAUGGAUGGAUGUUAGCAAUCUGCUUCAUAUCAAUCUUGAUACGCUUUUCUGGGAUCAUAUUUCAUCGCCUGAUACGCCGUAUGAAAUGACUGCAUGGAUAAUAACAGGCCAAAUCAGAGCCAAAUGGGGCGACUUUGGCAAUUUCAUGUUCGCUGCUCGCAAGAACUGUGAGUUCAUCAAGAACUGGCACGAAGGGUACAAAGAGCUCUGGAAGGGACGAACAAACGUUGAUGGGUUUCACAAACAUCCUCUCAUUACUGAGAUCGGUCUCGCUGAGGGUAUGGCGAAUCCUGAGGAUGAGAAUCAGAUCUACUUCAUGACAGACUAUGUCUCACAGAUGGUCAUCGGAGAUCGCACUCGCAACCUCGUCGAUGUUACCACCGGCUGGAACGGACGCGAAUUCUGGGAGAACAAGGUCUUUAUGGUAGAAGGCAUCGAAAACGGUAUUCUUGGUGCUCUCAAGACCAACCUAGACGGUCAGAAGCAAGCCGACUAUUUCCUUACGCCCCUUGACGAGCCUAAUCUCGACAAGAGAAGCGAAGCCGAAGCUUUCAUGGUGGAAAUGCUCGAAAAGAGUCACAUGUACAAGAUGUAUCACAACUCGAUGGGUGCUCGUCCAGCUCUGGGCGAUCUCGUCAAGAAGAAGGAGAGUCACGAUAUUACAUACCGUCCGGGGACUUUUGGGGAGUUGUACCGUUAUGGAACGGCACACUGGGAACCGACUAGGGAGGUCGUGAGAUUGACACCACAGAGGAAUGGGGAUGAGUUGAUAUACGGUACCCCUACGAAGACGGCUGCUCAGGUUAAGAAUUAGAGGGUUAUAGAGAGGAAUAGAGGAAUAGACACUUAUGGGUUAGAUAUGGCGCAUUAGAUAAUGAAAC